AUGGCGUCGGUGCGGGGGCCGGAACGGCACGGCGUUGCCACGGCAGGUGCUACUGCUGGGUCUGCACAAAAGAAGGACGUGGAGGGCCGUCCACCGUUGCCGCAUGCACCCAUGGGCCCGUUUAACUGGGAGACACUUGUUGCGGAGAUGAAGUUAGAGGCGCGCGAGUCGCGACGUACCGUGGAAAAGAAGGCACAGCGACUUGCCUCUCUGGACAACAAGCUGCGCGCAAAAGUGGAGGCGAACGCAGAGGCGGUGCUCGCGAUACAGCAGGUGGAUCGCCAGAUGGAGGAGGCGGUACAGCGUGAGAAGCGGCUUCACCACCUUGCUGCUGCGGCGAAACAGCGAAAGACGCAACUGAAGUUGGAUGUAGAAGCGACAGAGAAGAAGUUGGAGGCUAUUCUGAACCAAAACCAGCAAACGGUAAUAAUGAGACAAGGGACGGCGACAGCAGUGGAGCCUGCUGCCACUCCGAAGGCACCCAGCGAUGACAGGCACCCGGAGGUAGAACGCAUGCUGCGGGAGAGGCAUGGGGUGGCGGAGCUGCAACAAAAACUCCACGAGACCCGUACAAGAUACAGGAAGGUAUGCGAUGAAAACAAGAAGCUCUCUGCGACACUAGAAGGGAUUAAUGCAGAAGGAAAUAUUGCAGUCUCACAGCACAACGAAUACAGUAGAAAUAGCAACAGUGGAAUCGGUGAACAUCACUUUGCAUUCAGUAAUGCACUUCAUGAUCUCAUCGAAAGUUUUGAGGCAGUCAAGCUUGCAGCAGCUGCGUCUGAGUAA